UUAGUAUCAUUGCCUAAUUUAUGCACAGUGGUGAAUGACUUUGCAUCAGUAUCAGGUCUUACUGUAAAUUUCACUAAAUCAGUAGUUAUUCCUAUCAAUGUUCCUGAGUGCAUCUCUCUGCAGUUCGUUUCCAUUUCAUUGGGCCACAGAUCCAGGGGCGGACUGACCAUUUGGAAACUCGGGCACUGCCUGUGGGCCCGGGAUGCCCCUGGUACCUUUUUCAUAGGCUUUUUUGAGUUUGGGCAAGGACACAGGGGCCCCAUGAUCCCCUAUUGCCUGGAG